CAAAUGAGAUCUGAUAGAUAUUCGGACAGCAUUCAUGUCAGCUACGUAUGCCCAGUCUGGCCCACUUGGUUGAAUAAUAUCCCUGCCCUAGGCGUCUGUCAUAGCCUACAGGACAAUGUCUUGUAAAUUGUUUGAAAAGCUAAUGGAGUGUUGUAGGCUAUAUCAUUCAUUAAGCGUUCAUUCUUAGCCAAAGAGUUUUAGGUUAACAUUGGACUUCUUGUGAGUAUUAAGUUACUCGCAGUGAAGCGUUGCAAAGUCAUCAUUCGUUUAUUUACAAACCCUUCGGCUUCGAACUCGCAGGAAGUUGGGUUGCGAGCAUAGAGGUUGCGAGACGAAACCUGGUUGCCUAGGAGCCAAUCGAGACCUGGCGUUCUGUUUCAAGAGCUCUCUAGCUGUCAUUGUUUUCUACAGGCGACCGUCAGCAGUUUUGUUUAGUUGUUGUCUUGUUCCAGAACAGAAAGAACAAAAUAAUUCAAUAUAUAAGUUCCAACAGGACACCAACCAACCCUUAUUCAAAUAUAAGGUGAACUGUUACCAAUAUCCAAGGCUAACAUCUUCGAGCAGUUUAGCCACUGUUAAAGACUACAGGUAGCUAACGUUAGCUACAAAAAAGUGUGGUGUUUCAGAAUGCCAGUGCAAGGCUGUCAGGACAUGGCUACCAAGUUCAAGAGGAAAUGGAUGAUGCUCCACCAGAAGGAAGAGAAUGCCACAUCAGGACAGGACGAUAGCCUCACUAGUCUGCAGUGGCUUCAAGGUUUUUCCAUUCCCAGUGCUAACCCGCAGAGUCUCCCUGGCUCCAGAUGUCACCCAGAGCACCUGCUGCACCAACAACUUCAAAGCACAUACUCCUCAGUCAGCCCUGCAGCUGCCACAGGUGCACCACAAGCCUCUGGGUAUCUGACAUCGUCCACCAUCUCAGUCAGCCCAGGUGGUAACAGCUGUUCAUCCCAGCAGGAGGAGACAAGUCAGGGCGAUCAUCACGACUUCACAGGAGCCGUCAGCUCGAAUGUUGACUUCAAGACAAAUUCCAAAGUGAAACCUCCUUACUCCUACGCCACACUCAUCUGUAUGGCCAUGCAAGCCAGCAAGAAAACCAAAAUGACCCUUUCAGCCAUUUACAAUUGGAUCACAGAGAACUUCUGCUAUUACAGGCAUGCAGAGCCAAGCUGGCAGAAUUCCAUUCGCCACAAUCUCUCCCUCAACAAGUGUUUUAGAAAGGUACCAAGGCAGAAAGAUGAACCAGGAAAAGGAGGGUUCUGGCAGAUUGAUCCUCAGUAUGCAGACAUGUUUGUCAAUGGCAUCUUUAAGCGCAAACGCAUAAAUACUUAUCAGAGUAUCCCCAAACAGAGCAAAGCGUUCAAGAAUUCUCAGGAACAUAUUCAGGCCCUACACGGGGGAAUGAAGUAUGUCAGGAAAUGCAAGCAACGUAAUUCUGGCGACGGCCAGAACUGGGCUCAGAAGUCUCCACUUCUGGCGCAGCAGAUGAGAGCGCCUUCAGACGCUUGGGCUUCAGAUGCCUGUGAUGACGAAAGAAGGAGGCAGACCUUUGACGACCUGGAACUGAGUGCCGCUCUGCACUCGCUGAGCAAAGAAAUGGAGGAUCUCCAGCCAGGUUGGCACAUCGCGGGCCGUGGGAACUGGUGUGUGACCGGUCCAGAGCCCCUGACCCCCAGGUUCGUGGAGGUGAGCGCAGUUGGCGGCCCAACCGAAUGUCCAGGGGGUUACCCGCAGCAGAUUCACGGCGUGCACCUGUCCGUCACUCCCCCACAGUACUACGAGGAGCUCACCAUGUUCUCGGAUCAGCAGUCGUACGCCUGGGACUGUCUGCGAGAGGAGGUCCAGGCUGUGCCCGUGUCAGUGGAUAACGGGGUCGGCGUCUGUGAUGGCUUCUUCUACGAGAUGCAGUCCUGGGACAGGAUGGAGCCUUACCUACAUAUGUAAACCUCUCUCCCCGAGUCAACACCACCUCAAGCAUGACUUUUUUGCACAGGUUUUUGCUUAAUGAAUUAGUUAAGAUUCUCAACUAAUCAAUUAAGCAAUUAUCUAAUCAAUUAAUUGGUUAAUUUCUUAAUUAACUGAGUGAUACAAAAAAGGAACUCAUGAAGGGUGAGGAAUUGUUGAUCUAUAGCCAUGUAUCCUCUUCGGGGAAACAUGAGAGAGCAUCACAGGACUAUAUGGCAGUGAAGUUUUGCAAAGCCCAUUGAGAACCACACAGUCCAAAAUUGUAGAUUGUGUGUUUUCAAGAGUGUUUAAAUUGUAUGGUUAGAAGUUUAAGGUUAAAAGGUUUCAAAAUGAGAAUCUGCAUCCCCUAGUUAUUUCUUUUUGAAGAGAUGAUAAAAAUAUUUAAGAUGUUUAUCAAUGUUCAGUAUUUGUAUAAGAACAACAAACACCUCGUCUCCAGCACUCUUCAUACAUUUAUUUGUUGUCUUUUGCUUUUUUUAUUAUUACAUUUUUUUGGAAGAUGGAUGGGAAUGUAAAUAGAAAGAUAGCAGGUGUCUAAAAUGAUAAAUAUUCUAAAAAGCAUCAGUUUUUGGAUGCAGUAUGGCAGCACUGGAUGUUUGCUGUUGUGAUCUCAUUCUAUAAAAACAAUUCAAGUUGGUCAAUCAAAUAUCUGCUGUGAUGCUUGCAUGAAUAAACAAAUAAUUUUGCUAGA